GUGAUCCAGAAGUGCCCGUGGUGUCGCGCGAUAUUUCGUACGACAAUUAAACUGGCGGGCAACCUGGCGAGAUCCCCCGUGGUGGUGGGUGGAAGUGGACCUGGAGGAGAACGACCUGGACCCGGCGCGGGUUCUGGAUCCGGUAACCACAGCAGCAAUAAUAAUAACAAUAACAACAACAACAACAGCAACAAUCACAGUGGUGGAGCUGGAGGAGGCACUACUACUGGAGUAGAUGGUCCACAGGCACGGGCGAUCCAUGAUUGGGAGGUGGCACUGGCUGAGGCAGAUGGCUACUCCUUCGACGACUCAGAUCGCUUCGAAGAGGAUUCGCUCUGCAGCUGGAGCAGCGAAGCUGAGUCUGUCCCCAACAACUGGCGCGGAUGGAGGCGACCGCCCGCAGUCUUUGGCAUCUCCAAGAAAUCUGAAGAUAAACAACAAGUACCGACUUUAUGCGAACUCUCGGCGAGAUGUGUCGCGUCCCACAUACCCUUCGAGCUGGUCGAGCACGUCUAUCCGCCAGUUCCAGAGCAACUUCAGCUUCGAAUAGCAUUCUGGAGUUUUCCGGACAACGAGGAGGACAUCAGACUCUACUCUUGCCUAGCUAAUGGCAGCUCUGAUGAAUUUCAACGAGGCGAAAGCUUAUUCCGUACGAGAAGUGUCAAAGAUAUCUUACAGAUAGGGUUUCAUCUAAGUGCGACUAUAAAUACUCAAAUAUGUUCAGGAACAGUAGCCAGCAAGGAACCCUUCAAAGUAUCUGUAACAUUUGACCGCCGAAGGAUAACAUCCUGCAACUGUACUUGUACUUCCGCCGCUUACUGGUGUUCUCACGUAGUUGCAGUAUGUCUCUACAGAAUCCACUUAUCCUCUCAAGUAUGUCUCCGUGCGCCGGUAAGCGAGUCACUGUCACGGUUACACCGCGACCAACUUCAGAAGUUCGCUCAAUAUCUGAUAAGCGAGUUGCCGCAGCAGAUAUUGCCCACAGCCCAGCGUCUGCUAGACGAGUUGCUCUCGACCCAGCCGAGCGCGAUAAACAUUUAUUGCGGCGCUCCAGAUCCAACCGCUGGAGCUUCCGCACACGAUCAGACGUCUUGGUACUUGGAUGAGAAGACCCUGCACGGGAAUAUUAAGAAAAUUCUUAUUAAAUUUUGCGUCCCCGCGCCUAUAGUCUUCAGCGAUGUCAACUACUUGAGCACAACUGCUCCACCCGCGGCAACAGAAUGGACUUCUCUGCUGCGUCCACUAAGAGGUCGCGAGCCCGAGGGUAUGUGGAAUCUGCUCUCGAUAGUUCGCGAGAUGUUCAAGCGCACAGAUCGUAACGCGAUCCCGCUGCUGGAGAUCAUCACGGAGGAGUGCAUGGCAUGCGAGCAGUUCCUUGUCUGGUGGUUCAACACCAAGAUCGCGUUGCUGAAUGGGACUGGACAUGGAGGCGGCAAGCACGGCAGCAUGAACAGCAACGCUCAUGCAUCUCAACACGCGUGUUCGUCUCUUUGCGAUGAGAUAGUCAUACUAUGGCGAUUAGCGGCAUUGAAUCCAGGUCUGUCGCCUUCCGAACGCGAGAUGCUGCACGGGCAAUUCACAGCUUGGCACAUGAAAGUAAUUGACAAAGUGACCAAGAGCCGUGGCUCGGUGUCUCACAAUACCCAGAACCGCAAUCACGGCGGCACCCAGAAGGACUCACUCAAAACUGACAUCGAGGUUUUCACGGGAUUUAAACCCGCACUCGAAGCUUGUUAUCUCGACUGGGAUGAGUACACUCUACCGGGUAUAACUUACACAGCUGGCAGUAAUCCAAUGUACCACUGUCCGUUUACUUGUUUUCGUCAUGCUGGCGAUUCCAGAACUGAAGUUAAUCAAGUUAAUUCAAGCGCCGCGGUAUUAAAUUGCCAACCACCAAAUUCUCAUCAUCACAGUAGGCGUUCUCACUGUGUGGGUCUUGUUGACUUCAGUUAUAUGGAUCGUAAACGACUAAAUUCACGUGAUUUUCCUGGUUUCUGUUCACGUAACAAUGCCGGUAAUAACGCCGGUAAUGAUGGUAAUAGGAGUAGCGUCAGCUCGGAGGGUUUCUGUGAGAAUGACGCAGACAUAUCUAAUAUCCCGUCGUUCCCGUUGUCAUCUCAGGUUGAUUUGGUUCGCCGUGAAUACGGAGAGUUGAAUAAUUGCGGCGACACAGAUUCACAAGAGGGUGGCGGCAGCGAGUCCUCGUCUAAUAGCAACGUCAGUUUGAAGAACGCUCAAGGCUCGGACAAGCACCGCUCAAAUGCUUCGUCCGAAACCCACAGUGAUAGUAGUGAUAGUUGUAACAAUAAAGUCGCCAAUGAUCCCAAGUGCAGCACAUUGUGCCGCGCCGCAACUAUGGUCAAGUAUCGUGAUCCUCAACAAGCCAGUACUUCAACAGCAUCAGCAGCUCCUAAUAAAAUACCACCUGUUAAUAAUAAUAAACGAGACACUGCCGAGUGUAGUAUAGCUAAAGACCCAUUGCGACGACCGUCCAAGGAUGAAAGUUCGUCAUCCAGCAGCGACAGCCCCUCUGGAGAUGAGUACAAUUUUUACUACUACGAUUCAAAGGCCAUGGCGAAUAUGAGCGCGACAGAAAUAAAGGAUGCCAAGAACGAUGGCCCAGGCGGCGCCAGUGCAAGCGCCGUUUUAGGAAACCUCAAGAAAACCGAAGAUCCCUGGGAUAUUUUAUUCGCACGAGCGGAAGGUCUGUACGCUCAUGGACACACACGCGAGGCGUGUAUUCUCAGUGUUAAAUUGGCCGAAGAAUUGCUGUCGCAUCCGCCGGAUUUGAUGAUAGAAGUACCGCCGGUGCUUAUCAAAGGCAAACGAAAAAAACAGCCGGUAAAUCCGGCAUCCCAUCAGCUGACUUGUUUAGCCUCGGCAACCCUAGCAAAGUGUGCGUUCCUCUGCACAGUGCUGAUGGAAAAUUUCGAGCACCACAUUCUGGCAUUCAGAGUAGGUCUAUUUGGCUUAGAAAUGGCACGACCACCGGCGAGCACUAAACCGCUGGAAGUUAAAUUAGCACAUCAAGAGAGUGAACUUGUGGGACUGCUAAAGAGGAUUCCAUUGGGUCCAGCUGAAUUGGCAAUGCUGCGUCAGCGUGCGGAACAACUUCGUGACGGUAUUCUGCGGUCACGAGGGCACGCAUUGUUGCCGAUAAUGCUGGCGAGUUUGAUAUUCGAUGCAUUGAAUACAUUGCGAAUGAAAAGCGAGUGGUCGACGCUGACGAAUGAAGAUGACGAGAAUCUCGGAUUCGACGCGGCCGUUGCUGCGCUCGGUCUCAAAGCCAACGUCAGCGAAGCCGACCAUCCACUCUUGUGUGAGGGCACACGUCGGCAGAGGGGUGAUCUUGCGAUAACGCUGUUGCUUCACUACAAAGACGAGCCUACAAAGGUCGCUAAGAUAAUGGACAAACUGCUGGAUCGAGAGAUUCAUCAGCUGAUUAAAACGCCGAUUGUCAGUAGUUACUACAGCUCUAAUCCCCCGACAAAGAGCCAACUGGCUAGUUUCCGUCGUGCCAAAGCGUGCUCGUCACCGCUCACGGGAACGGACGUCAGUGGUAGUGGCGACGGCAUUGCUGGUACCAGCAGCCGGCCACACAGUAGCACAAGCGCUGAAUUGGAGGUUGGUAUGAGUGCGCUCACUGUACAGCCACAGACAUCCCAGCCCCCAGUAUCCACGAGGACCAAGGAAACGAGGUACAAGUGCAAGAAGGUGUACCCGUCGAUCCCCAAUCAGCCUUCCGAAGCCGGAGCCCACUUUAUGUGCGAAUUAGCAAAAACAGUUCUGCUAAAAGCCGGUGGCAACAGCUCGACAUCAUUGUUCCAAUCUUCAACAAAUCAAAACCACCAUGGUCCUCAUCGUGCGCUACACAUGUGUGCCUUUCAAAUUGGACUCUAUGCACUUGGACUUCACAACUGCGUUAGUCCCAAUUGGCUCAGUCGUACAUACUCGAGUCACGUAUCUUGGAUCACUGGUCAGGCCAUGGAAAUCGGAGCGCCGGCUAUUUGGUUCCUCAUUGACAGCUGGGAAGGCCAUCUCACGCCUCCCGAGGCCGUCAGCAUUGCAGACAAAUCAUCGCGUGGUAGUGAUCCAAACAUGGUUCGCGCUGCCGCUGAAUUGGCAUUGUCUUGCUUACCUCACGCUCAUGCUCUCAAUCCCAAUGAGAUUCAGCGAGCCAUUCUACAGUGUAAAGAACAAAGCGAUCUCAUGCUGGAGAAAGCCUGCAUUAUGGUGGAAAAUACGGCCAAAGGUGGUGGCGUAUAUCCAGAAGUACUUUUCCAAGUUGCGAAAUACUGGUACGAGUUGUAUCUACGUCACACACCCGGUGGUGAGCAGCAAGAUGACAUCCCCCACGAUCAUCUUCAGCUGGACCCGAACGGCGCCCUUAUAGUAGAGCCCGGACAAGGUCAACUGGAUUUAAACAUCGGCCAGAUGAUGCCAGGACCGGCACAGACGGUCGUAGUCACCAGUACUCAGCCUCCACCGCAACCUUAUCCGCCUCAUCCUACAAUGACGACUCUAGUGCCAGGCGUAGGUCUCCCUUACACCGUCGGCCCUUACAGUUUCGUUCAUCCGCAUCAUCCGAUCCCCGCAUUCGGCGGGCAAAUGCCUCCACAUCGCGUUGCGUUGCCCCCUGCGCCGCCACACAUGCAGAUGUAUCACGCAGCAAUGCCGCCUCACCAAGUGCAUCCUCAGCAUCAACGUCACCCUCCACCGGUGACUCAGCCGCCGCCUGUACAGCAGUACUACCCGCAGCCAACUGUGACAACAGUGAACGUUCAUCCACUGCCAGGAGGUCAUCACAUGUUCGGAAUGCAGCAGCCGAUGCCGGUUAAUGUACCUCAAGAAGUUGCCGGGUCCAUGCCCGGACACAAUGGAAUGCAGGGGCCAGCGAUGGUCCAAGCUCAGCCAAUUAUUUCAACUGUAAGACCUCAGCCACAAGUGCAUCGACAGAGCCAGCCCUUCAGUCCUCAGCAGCUGCGUCCACUUGUUGCUGCCUAUCGAGUUGGUAUGCUUGCACUUGAAACUCUCGCCCGCAGGGUCCAUGACGACAGACCGCAAGCCAAGUACGCGAGGAAUCCGCCCUACGGCGAGGAUGUUAAAUGGUUAUUGAGAAUUUCAAAACGUCUUGGCACCCAGUGCUUCAACCAGCUGUGCAUGUGCACUGUCAACAGUAUCGUCAGUCCAUUUGUACUUCACGAUGUCGCUCUCGAAGCAGCCACUUUUCACUCCCGCAGUAAUCCUGCCAUGUUUUUGCAGCAUUUGAGGUCUGCGCUAUUAGCGCCCAUCGUUCAUAAGUGUCAGCAAAUGUACAUUCAAUGUAUGCACCAUAAAUUGUAUCAUUUAAUGUCCGGAGAGUAUGAAGAGUUUGCGAGCAUAGUUUGCGCAGCACGGGCGGCUUUCCAUAUCACACCGGAAGGUCACACGCAGUUCAAGGAGUGGCUUCAGUCUAUGAAAAGAUCUCCCGCAUGCAAUAAAGAAUUAUGGGCGCAGAUAAACGCCGCGUUGCAAAGUAAUAAUAAAUGACACAGAGCGGAGCCAGGCGUGACGUGGCUCACAUCCCAUCUUCAUGCUCCUCCCACAUCACCAGCCCAACAACAACACCAACAUCAUCAGCAACAGCAGCAGCAGCAGCAACCAGCCAGGACAACUCUUGUACUUCAACAUCAACAUCAACAUCAUCGUCAUCCUCCUCCCGAGAACGUGGCAUACGUUCGAGGACUAGCCACUAUCAACGAGCUCGCCUGGGAUAAAAUUGCCAUUCCUUGCGUAUUCGACAGGCCUCCUCAUCAGCAUCAGCAUCAAUAUCAGCAACAGCAGCAGCAGCGAACAAUUCAUUAUGCAACUGGCCCGCCAGUACUCUCUCUAAUUCACCGAGAAUCGAUAGCGAGGCCUCGCAAUACUGACGCUAGACUAGGACAACGUAGUUGAUUAUCAUAAAUUUUAAAUCUCGUAGCUCUCAUUUCGCGCGGGCUUAUAUUUUUAAAAUUAAAUCAAAUAGUUAGACUAGACCCGUUCGUUUAUUUUUUAUUUAGUAGAAAAUUUAUUUCUAACUCACUUAGUUCUAUUCACGUUUUUUUUUUUUUACGUGGAAAUUAAUCUAAUAAAUUAUUUUUUAAAAAAUUAAUUCAAUUGCUAAAAAAAUAUAUAUUUAUAUAUAUUAAAAAAAAAAUAAUAUUAUUGAAAACGAUCGAAAGAUAAUCGUCUUGACACGGCCCGCUUUUAUAAAAAUGAAAAUUCGUCGACUUGCAUACCCGUCAUUAUCAUUAAUUUUAUCAUAAUUAAGUGCGUGGUAUUUUUUUUAAAAACAAAUAUAAAUAUAUUUGUUUUUAUUUUGUUAUUAACGAUAUUGAAAUAAGCCGACGUUUGAUUUUUGGAUUUUUUUAAAAAAGGUAAAUUUAAAAAAAUUGCACCUAUAGUUUUUUUAAUUUUCUACAUGUGCAUUUUUUUUUUAUAUUGUUGAAAAAAAAAUUCAAAAUUGUUAAUUGUCUGCUAAUUUCAGAAUCAUUUAUUAAUGAUACUAAAAUCAGCCGACGUCUAAUAAUUUUAUGAUCCUGAAAUUAGCCGACGUCAAAUAAAUUUGUGAUUUUUUUAAAAACGAUAAACUUGAAGAAAAAAAAUAUUUUUAAAAAUUGCACCGAUAGUUUUUUUAAUUUUCUACGUGUGCAUAUUUUUAGUUUUUUUUUUUUUCUUCAAAUUAAAUUGUUCAAAAAAAAAAUCCAAAAAUUUUUAAUCGUCUGCUAACUUCAAGAUCGUAUAAUUUUUGGAUGUUUUUGAAAACGAUAAAUUUAAAAAAAAAAUAUUUAAAAAAAUUGCAACUAUAGUUUUUUUAAUUUUCUACAUGUGCAUUUUUUUUUUUUUAUAUUGUUGAAAAAAAAUUCAAAAUUGCUGAUUGUCUGCUAACUUCAGUAUCGUUAUUAUUGAUCUGAUCCAGCACUUGAUGGCAAUGAAAAAACUGCCGGUUGCAAGCAAUGAUUAAGUGUUUUAUUAUUAUCAUUUUUUUUUUUUUAAUAAA